AUGCGGGGCAGUAAGACCAAAAAGAGCGCUCCCAUGCUUCCUUCCUCUUCGCCCACCGUUCCCGAGCAGGACUUCAACUCCACUCAUACCAACGUCGCAGCCAUUCGCAUCAUUCGGGAGCUGGCCGGCGAGGUGGUAGACCUGCGGGCUCAGCUGAGCGAGGCGGAGAGCCAGCGUCGGCUGCUAAAGCUCAAGAACGAGCGUAUGGGAGAGCGCCUGCGCAGGCUCAACACCGAGACGGACACCGAACAUGAGGAACGCGAACGCGUCGGCCAGCACACGGAGACCGAGACCGAGGAGGAAAUGCGCGACAGCGGGCUCAGCACCAAGGAGGCCAGCGAGAAAGAGGUCCUGGACGCGAUCGCCUGCGGGGCUAGCAGCGAGGAGGUGCUCGUGGUCAUCAGCAGUCGGGCCAACCCCAUGCUGCUCAUCACCGAGGAGCGGAACGCUCAGCGAAGCAUGAAGAUGCACAAGCGAAAGCCGAAGCGCAAGGAGGACAAGGCGGCCAACGGAGGUGGCACGACCAAGAAGUGCGGCACGCUCAAGAAGAAGCGGAAACUGGGCUACCAGGGCGAUGGCAGCGCACCUACCGAGGAUGACGGGGAGAAGGACGAGCGCGAGCAGCGAGAAAAGGACAACGACAAGGAGCGACAGCAGCAGCUACAAGAGAAGAAGGAGCGAGACGAGCGCCAACAGAGGGAGAAGCAGCGGGGGAAGAAAGAGAGCGACGCUCGCGAGAAGCGGGAGACGGACGAGAGGGAGCGGAAGGAACUGGUCGAAAGGCGCCAGGGGAAGAAGGAGGCCAAGCAAUCGAAGAGGAUCGGUACGAUCAGUAGCGGCAGCACCAUCAGCAUCAGCAGCAACAACAAGAGCAACGAUGCCACCGGUUCCUUCAUAUCGCCGCUCUACGGCGACGCGGGUCUGACGGCGAUGAUGCUGACAAUCGAAGAGGAGCCGAUUGAGGAGCGGAAACAAGGGACGGCAACGAAGAAUGAUGGAAAGGACGAGUCGAAAGAAGUGAAGGCGAAGAAGGUGAAGAAGGCGAAGAAGAAGGAAAAGAAGGAAAAGGAGAAAGGCGAGAAGGGCCACCGACGGAAGAAGAGCAGCGAAGAGGAAAGCACGACAACGAACGACGAGAAGUCAAUCAGGAAGAAGAACAAGAAGAAUAUCAAGGCGGCCAAGAAGGGGUCCAGUGUGAAGAAUGAAACCGAAAGCGAAGAGGACCACAAGGAGAAGCGGAGGAGCAAGAAGAAGAAGAACAAGAAGGAGGGAGAAGCAAUGCCGACGGAAACGACAGCUACGACUACCACCCAGUCUACGGACUCUCCGGCCGCACAGGCGCCACCAGCGGUCAAGGAGAAGCGAAAGAAGGUCAGGAAGGAGCGAAGGGAGAAACGACACCCCCGGCACCGCCGUUCCGCCGAGUACCAACGGGAUCAGCCUCACCAGGACCCCAAUCAUCGCUGGCACAACGGUGUGUCCCCGUACGGUGCCACGCUGGACCCUGCCCAAGCCCGUACGGCCCUGCAGAUGUUGCGGUCGCAGCCAGCCCAGCCGCCGCCGCCGCAGCUGCGGCACCAGCACACCUUCCUGCUGUCGGCCCAACAUCGACAAGAGAGGGAAGUGGCAGAGGCAGCGAAGAAUGCGGCUCUGAGAUCGGCACCGGCCGUAGGCGACCAGCCUCGGUCUCAGCAGCGGCUGUCGUACAAGCAGAAGCAACAGCAGGACGGGGCCAGCAGACGUCAGUCGUCCGAUCCGCUCGCGCCGCAAGCGACGAACGAAACGGGCAGUGGAACGGCCGCGACAGCGCAGACAACGACAGAGAAGAGGGAGGAGAGUGUAAAGGGAAGUGUAAAAGACGAGACGAAGGCGAGAGGGAAGGCGGGCAGCCAGGACAUCAGGAAGUCGUCCACGGACGACACCACGAACGAGACGGCGGCGACUUCGACGACGACCACGACGCCAACCGUUCCGUCGACGCUGAAGACCCUAUCAGCGGGAGGGCCACCACCGCUGGGUGGGCGAAGGCUGAGCUUUGGCGGCAGUCGAUCGGAGGUGUCUAAGGGCAAGGGUCCGAUCGUGCCGUCGGACGAGAACGCGGCGCUCGAGGAGUUCAAGCGGAAGCAGAAGGAGCUGGCCGCCCGUCGGAGGCGUAACUCGGUGAUGUUGAACGGACCGCACGCGGCCGUCCAGUGGCUGCAGGAGCUCUACGGCGAGGACAACUUUGCGGACGCCGAACCCCUGUCCGAUGAGGCGGGUGUAUCGGCGCCGCGGUACUACACUCGGUCGAGGGCGCAGACGUUGGACGACAUCUUCGCCCCAUUCGUCACGCCGGCGAUUGUGGAGGAGGAGGAAGAGUCGCAGACGAGUCGCACCGUGUCCGAGCUGAAGCGGAAGUUCACCGAAUCGGGCUCCACCGUGUUACCCGAUCGACGGCCUUCGUCGCCGACCUCUACCCGCGAUGCCAAGCUGCCCCACAGGUCGGCCGGUAUGACCCAAAGCACCGGCGGACUAUCGAUCCAGUCCGACAAGGCCGCCGUGCGGAAGGGUUUGACCCCAUCGGUCUCGGUCGACUCAACACCAACAGCCAGCAGGCUCAGUCCGCAGCACCGCAACGGCCAUCAGAUGGUGAAGCGAUCGCUUUCGUCGGAGCGGGAGAGUCUAUCGGCCCAGCUGGACCCUCCACGGAUGCCGUCGUGGCUGAACUCCAGCGGCACUGAGAACUUCAGCACGCGGCGCAGUCAGCGGUGUUCGCUCAUCUUUACCACACCACCCGGCUCUCCAGCACCAUCAACACCCUCCUCGCAAUCGCUCGCCGCGCUGCGACCAGUGUCACCGCCGGACAACGCCGCCGCCACCACCAACGGCGUCGCGUCCAGGAAGACCGUGGUCGUCACCCCGCCCGCGACACCAGGCUCGGCUCAGACCACGAACGAACUGCAGCACGUAUUCGAGAGCAUCAUGAUCAAGCGGCGUGGCGGAAGCCUGCGCAGCACGGCCGGGCAGGUGCAGAAGUUCAUCGGCGUGGGCUCCCUGCGCGGGGGUCCUACCAACACGACCACCAAGACCAAGGAGUGA